AUGCCAUUACCUGAGUCACUCAAGUUUUUAGGCUCUACUUUAUCAUGGACCUUAAAGGCAGGGUGUGUGGCUCACUUGUUACACGAAUAUGUGUACGAAUUUACAGAAACCAGGGGAGAGUCAAUGCUCCCAACACUACAAUCACACCAUGAUUAUGUUCAUGCUUGGAAGAAGCAUAGAUUGGGAAGAGAUUUAGAAAUAGGUGAUUGCAUAGUGGCAAUAAAGCCAAGUGAUCCAGAACAUCGUGUGUGUAAGAGAAUAACAGGAAUGCCGGGAGAUAUCAUAUUGGUUGACCCAUCAUCUUCUUCGGAAUUGACCAAUAGUACGGCAGAGUGCAUUUCCCAUGAUGGAUUUAACAAGUAUAUAAAAGUGCCCGAAGGUCAUGUUUGGGCUACAGGGGAUAAUUUGUGUCACUCAUUGGAUUCAAGGUCAUAUUCAGCGUUACCAAUGGCAUUAAUCAAGGGAAAAAUAAUAGCUGCUAAUUCGAUGGAUAGAGGGCUUAAAGAUGAAAAUGGAAAGAUGUGGUUUUGGAAUUUCAGGUGGAUAGGAAAUUCGUUUGUUACGGAGGGGUAG